CACCAGAACCUAAAUCUUAUCAUGCUAUUGGUGACGGAUUAAAACAACACAAUAUGGCAGAAGUUAGUAUAGGGUACUAUGUUGCUGAUAACCAUCGCGUUCCCAUGUGUUUAGUAAAUAAAGUUGGAACCGAACUGGAAAGGAAUGGUCCUAAAGCUGGUAACCGUGGAAAGCGUGAUUCUCAAUUAAUCUUAAUGAAAUGGCUUAGUCAUAUUUGCUUUGAUGAACGUUUGACACCUUUGGAACUCGAAUUAUUCGAAAAAGUUCGUACUCUGACUGGCGUAACACCUAACGCGUAUGAAAUGGUUCUUAUGGUAGAUGCGGAUACGUCCGUUAAACCUGAUAGCAUCAGUCAUAUGGUUGCAGCUAUGGAACGUGAUCCAAAAGUUAUGGGACUUUGUGGAGAAACAAAGAUUGCAAAUAAAUUUACCA